AUGGGAGCGAACUUAGACGUUCACGUCAACCCUCCUCCCAGGAAACGCGCAAGACUCGAAUCUUCUGCACCGUCUUCAGAGCAGGAACCCCGCCUCUUCGCACCCUUUCGCGCUCUGGGUUUAAUCACCAACAGUGUACCCUUCGUGAUACAGACACGCUCUCACAAAGGCGCGACGGAUGGUCCGCGCAUACACUUGCUUACGUGCUUGGGUAAAGCUUGGGCGAUGUGGGAAGGCGAGAAGAUGGGCUUGCUGUUUGUAGGUCCAGAUGCACCCGCACAAAUUUCGGCAAUGGCUAUGGACGGCAACGCAGUCUGGAUUUCCUCGGGGCAGUACAUCAUACAGUAUGAACGGGGAAAAGAGGUGCACAGGCUCGUCAACCCCUUGGAGACCUCAUUAACCAAUAUUCUGGUGUUUGGUCCCCAAGUCCUGGCUUUGACCGAAGACGGUAGUAGAAUGUUGGUCUGGGACGCCGAGAGUGGAGAGUUGCAAAAAACGAUCCAGUUUGAGCCAGGCUUUACGGCCAUCAUGAUUCACCAUCCUCCCACCUACCUCAACAAGGUCCUUGUUGCAAGCAGUCAGGGUAGUAUGCAGCUUUGGAACGUUCGCACGCAAACCCUCCUCUACACGUUCCCGGCGGCCUCACUACUCGCAUCGCCCUCCGCGACUUCCCCUACUGCCAUCACUGCUCUUGCUCGGUCACCGGCAAUAGAUGUUGUUGGGAUAGGCUUCUCAUCUGGAGAAAUAUCCAUUUAUGAUGUUCGGGCCGAUGAGAAACUCAUGCGCAUGGUCAUGCAAGAUGGAGGUGUUAAGGCAUUGUCCUUCCGAAGCGACGGGCACCCAACUCUAGCUUCGGCAUCAACUACCGGCCAUAUUGCGCUCUGGGACCUGAACGCAGGUGGUCGGUUGUUGCAUAUCGUUCGCGGCGCGCACGAUGGUGCUGUCACGGGGUUGGAAUGGGUACCAGGGCAGCCAGUGCUGAUCAGCUCAGGUGAAGAUAACAGCGUCAAACAAUGGCUUUUCGACACUCCCACUGAAGCACCUCGAUUACUGAAGUUUCGCUCUGGGCACCAUGCACCUCCGCAUCUGAUUCGCUACUUCGGGGCCGAUGGAAAACAACUCCUGACAGCUUCUCGUGACCGCAGCCUGCGGUGUACGAGCGUUGUGAGAGACUCGCGCAGCUUUGAGCUCAGCCAAGGCCCGCUGACAAAGAAGGCAACAAGUCUCUCCAUCCCGAUCGCAUCACUCAAGUUCCCUGCUCCAACCGCGAUCUCUUCCUCUACCACCCGAUCAAAAGAUUGGGAUGACAUCCUCACCGCCCACACAGACGAGGCUGUUGCUCGGACAUGGUCGAUGAAAGACAAGCGUGUCGGUAAACAUGUGUUCACUGUUGCGGGCGAGAAGAAAAAAACCACAGUUGGCUCUGUCAAGGCGGUCUGUGUGACAGCCUGCGGCAAUUUCGGGAUCACUGCCUCAUCAACGGGACCAAUAAACAUGUACAACAUGCAAUCCGGCAUUCUACGGAGAACGUACGAAGUUGGUUCAUGCCCUGCCAACGUCACCAGCCGGUUCCGGUCGUCCGGCAAGAAGAAGGGAGAAAGGUGUAUCACGGGUCUCGCGAGUGACGCGUUGGACCGAGUUCUGGUCGCUAGUACUCUGGAUGGGACCAUCAACUUCUUUAAUUUCCACACUGCCUCAUUAGAGUACACCCUCAUUCUCCCCUCUGCUGUGGCAAGCAUUACCUUGCAUCGGGAUAGCAAUCUACUCGCAGUUACCUGUGACGACCUCAUUAUCCGCGUCAUCGAUAUCGAAACUCGACGGAUUGUUCGAGAACUAGGAGGGUUCCGUGGCCGCGUGCUAGACGUGACCUUUUCGCCUGAUUCGAGAUGGCUUGUCACUACCUCCAUGGACUCAAUCAUUCGUACCUUCGAUGUACCAACAGGUCGCUUGAUUGAUCUUUUCCGCACGUCAAGCGUCGCUACAAGCAUAUCGUUCUCUCCAACGAACGAUUUCCUGGCUACCUCUCAUGUGGACAGUGUUGGAGUCUACCUUUGGGCUAACCGUGCGCAAUAUGCCGAAAUCUCAUUCAAGAGUAUUGUCGAGGACGAUGUUGUUGACGUGGCAAUGCCGUCAAUGCAAGGCGUCGUGGAAGAUGAAACACUCAAUGCUUUGUCCGCUUUGACAGUCCAAGACAGUCCCGCCGACGUUUUUAGCACACCACCACAGCUCGAUGGGGAGCUUGUCACAUUUACGCUUCUCCCGCGCGCGCGCUGGCAGACCCUUCUCAACCUGGACGUCAUCCAAGCUCGCAACAAGCCCAACGAACCCCCCAAACAGCCUGAGAAGGCGCCAUUCUUCCUUCCUACUCUUCCCGGAGUCGAACAGCGCUUCGCGAUCGAAGAUCCCGAAAGGAAGAGGAAACGAGAAGCCUCAGAAGCAGAAGCAGAGAAAAAGGCUCGCAUCUCAAAACGUCUGCAGCACGCGGCGGGUGACGUGGAGAGUGUCUUCUACCGGAAGUUGGCUGAUGCCUACGAAGGUGGUUCAACUGAUUACGAAGACUUCUUCAAUUAUGCCAAGGCGCUCUCACCGGCAGCCGUUGACCUUGAACUCCGGUCGCUCACCUCGUUGGAAGCGCUGCAUAUCUUCCUACACGGUCUCACGAGUCGAUUGCGUUCACAUCGAGAUUUCGAGGCGGUGCAGGCGUUCAUGAACGUCUUCCUGCGCAUACAUGGAGAAGUCCUUGCCUCGAACCUGGAGCUCCAGGAUACCCUCGAAACCCUCGCGGCAGCCCAGCGCAAGGAGAGCGAGAGGUUACUGGAGCUCUUGGCAUCAUCGCUGGGAACUCUAAGCUUUGUACGGGACACGAUGUAG